AAAACCAAACUAAAGAAGAGAUGAGAGCAGAAAAAUAUUAGCUAGGCCGGAAAUGGAGAUUCUGAAUGAGAGCAUUAUUGUCAUUGUCGGCGCAGGAAUCGCUGGUCUCUCUACAUCUUUGGCACUUCACAGGGUUGGGCUAAAGAGCUUAGUACUGGAAUCAUCGGGCUCCCUGAGAACCACCGGCUUUGGACUCGCCACUUGGACCAAUGCAUGGAGGGCACUCGAUGCUCUCGGCGUCGGAAAUGCUCUACGACAAAAGUCUCUCCAGUUCAGUCGGUUUGAAGUGUUUUCUGUGAAAUCUGGCAAACUUUGUGCAGAACUAUCGCUCAAGCCAAAUGAAAAGCCCGAAGAUUACGACAGUCGUUGUUUGAGGAGAAGUUUGAUGAUAGAAGCCAUAGCCAAGGAACUGCCACAAGGCACUAUUAGGCUUUCUUCCAAGGUUGUCUCCAUCCAAGAAUCAGGACCCUACAAAUUGCUGCACCUCUUGGAUGGAUGCAUUAUCAAAUGCAAGGUGGUGAUAGGGGCGGACGGAAUAAAUUCUGUGGUGGCCAAAUGGAUGGGACUUGAGAAGCCGGUUGACGCGAAACGAUCGGCGAUUAGAGGCUACGUGGAGUUUCCCGAGGGGAGUGGUUUCGGGGCAAAGUUCCGGCUGCACCUCGGCGGUGGCGUUCGCCUCGGUAUUCUCCCCUGUGAUGACAAGAGCUUGUAUUGGUUCUGCACUUUCACUCCGGCUGACGUUCACUAUGCAUUAGUGGAUCAGGAUCCGAUGAAAAUGAAGCAAUUUGUGUUGGACAAGGCCGCCAAAAGGUUCAAAGAGGCAACCGACAUUGUAGAGCGAACAUCGCCGGAAAAUAUUUCCGGCGCGCGUCUGAGUUUCCGGUCACCGUGGAACGUUCUGUUCGGCGACAUCGUGAAAGGCAACGUGUGCUUGGUCGGGGAUGCGCUGCAUGCAAUGACACCGGAUAUCGGAGAAGGCGGUUGCUCAGCUCUGGAGGAUAGCGUGGUUCUGGGUCGGUGCCUCGGGGAAGCUGUUUCAAAAGCGGCGGCAGCGGCGGCGGGAGGCGGAGGAGGAGAAGAUUGUGUGGAAAAGGGUCUGCGGAAGUAUGCAAAGGAGAGGAGAUGGAGAGUGUUUGAUCUGAUUACAACUUCUUACGUGGUGGGAUUGGUGCAAGAGAGGAAUGGGGAUGUGAUUACAGUGUUGAGGGAUUAUUGGUUGGCUAAACGCACUAUCCGGACCAUGCUAAAAAGGGCACACUUUGAUUGUGGAAAACUUAUUACAAAACUAAAUUAGCUAGAUAGUGUACGUGUUUAAUUAAUUUGUGUGUAUCAUCCAUCCAUCUCACAUGAUCAACAUUG